AUGUUCGAGCGCUUCUUAAGAAGUCGAGCUUUCUGUAAAAAUGCGCCCGAAGUCGUGCUGGACUCUGACGAAUCCUCUUCCUCGGAUGUCCAUAGAGAGGAUCCCAUAAAAUUGGGUGCCGAGGAGCUACGUGCGGAGGCUGGCUGCAACGCAGCGCUCAUUUUGGAGGUGGCCCGAAAGUCAGGCAAUUUGAAGAGUGGCUUCAUUAAGAAGCUAAAAGAUUCGGCGGCUUCGCUUCAGAGUAUUGUUGAUGCUCUGGCGUCAAGGACUGAAGCGGAGAAGACCCGCAGGCUCCGUGCGGAUAAUGCCGCGGACAUAAAGCGGGAUGCGGUGCAGGAAACUGCACCUACGUAUGCGCAGGCCACCCAUCCGGUCCCACCGAAAAAUGCUGCAGCCGUACCCAAGCGCGUGGCUCCAUCCAAGCCAGCUGCCUCAGUUGCACCGGCAACACCGAUAGCUGGCCCAUCUAAUAUCCCAACCACGCCAGAGUUUCAACCUCGGGAGGCCCAAGAGACGUCUUGGUCCACCGUGGUCAAGAGAGGGAAGAAGGGGAAGAAAGCUUCCGCGCCAGCUGUAAUCUCCGCUCCAGUUAUCUCAGCGGUGACAAAGACACAAGCAGCGAAGCCAAAGCUGACCGCUCCUCGAACCGCUGCAGUUAUUGUCACGCUGCAACCGGAGGCGUAA